GCGCCAAUCCGUCGAGCCGCGGAUCCAAGAAUCAGAUUUCGUUUUUGCUUCGAUAGAUUUAAAGGGGACGACGCACCGGCGGGACCGCAACCCUAGUUUUCGAUCUGAUCUUUCCCCGAUCUUCGCCGCCCAUCUUCCCAACUUCCCCCCAUCUCGACUCUGGAUCUCGAGUCUGCGCGCACUCCGGCGAACAUGGCGACGAUCAUGGCGGCGCGCGGGCAGGGACUGGAGCAAGAUUUCGAUUUCUUCGUGGUGGUCGACUUCGAGGCGACGUGCGUGAAAGACGCGCGGAUCUUCCCGCAAGAAAUCAUCGAGUUCCCCGCGGUGCUCGUCGACGGUGCUACCGGCCGCAUCGAGUCUGCCUUUCGCAGGUACGUUCGUCCCAAACAUCACCCUGUGCUGACCCAGUUUUGCAGGGAACUCACCGGCAUCCGGCAGGAGGACGUCGACGGCGGAGUGGAUCUCGGCGAGGCGCUCUGGCUGCACGACGCUUGGUUGAAGGCAGCGACGGCGGGGGCAGGGAACAAGAGGAGCGUCCGCUUGGCCGUCGUGACCUGGGGCGACUGGGACUGCCGCACCAUGCUCGAGUUCGAGUGCCGCUUCAAGGGCAUCGAGAAGCCCUCCUACUUCGAUCAGUGGAUCAAUCUGAGAGUCCCCUUCCAGGCGGCGCUCGGCGGCGGAGGGCGGGUCAACCUGCAGGAAGCGGUCCGGGCGGCGGGGCUGGACUGGGAGGGCCGCCUGCACUGCGGGCUGGACGACGCGCGCAACACCGCGCGGCUGCUAGCUGAGCUCAUGCGGCGCGGGGUCAAGAUCACCAUCACCGGCUCGCUGGCGGCGCCGCCGCCGCCGAUGCAGAAGCAGCCGGCUCGCACAAGCCCUUGCGGUGGCUCACCGGCGCUGGCGUCGGCGCCGCCGCCGAUCCAGCAGCAGCCGGCUCGCACAGGCCCUUUCGGUGGCUCGUUUGCGCUGGUGCCGGCGCCUAUCCAGCAGAAGCAGCAGCCGCCGCAGCCUUACAUGAUCAGCCCCUGCGGUGGCUCCUCGGCGACGUGCUUGUGCUACUGCGGGCUGGCGAGCAGAGGAGACGUGAUGCACGGGAAGUGCUUCUCGGGAUGCGCUAGCUGGUCGCCGGCCAUGGGACCCGUGCCCCCCUACUUCGCGUGGAGCAACUGAAUGAGUGACCCACGGCAUGAGACUGGGAUUCAGGUUCCAGUGUGGCUCAGUUGUUAGUGUUAAUCGUCCUAGCCAUCAGAAUCAGAGUCUAGUCUAGGUGUAAAUUUGGUCUUUGAAAUAGAACUUGACCAAUGGGGCUAUUCUUGAUGUAAUCGGUGUCUUAAUUACUAUUAUCAAUAGAAAUUUCGUUUUAGUUAUGUAAUCGGUGUCUGAUUCUACUAUACUCGUGUGAUUGUUCACUGUAAUUGGUGUCUGAAUUAUUAUUAUCAAUAAAAAUUUCGUUUUAAUUAUUA